UUUCUUCUCCUCACAGAAACAAAUUAAAAACACAAUUUUUGUGUACGUACGUUCCCUAACCCUAAUUCAACAAACACCAACGAUGGGAUUCAAGCUCUACCUGAUCGCCUUCAUGGUGGUAUUGGCCAUGGUGGCUAGGUCAUCAGCCAAGGUCCACGAUGCCUCGUGGGGUGUCAGCCACUUCGUGGCUCAUGAUGAUGAAUCCUUGAUCGACAGCACCAACAGCAAAAUUGGCGAUGUCGGAGAGGAGAAUGAGUUGUUGAUGGAUUCAAACAGCGGUCGUAGGACACUCCAAGGCACCACCAGGUAUAUUGGCUAUGGUGCCCUGAGGCGCAAUGCUGUUCCAUGCGGACGCCGCGGCCAGUCCUACUACAACUGCCAAAGAAAGGAGGGAGCUAACCCUUACAAGCGCGGUUGUGAGUACAUCACCCGCUGCUCCAGACGCUAAAUCUGAUCGAGGAUCGAUUCUAUCCAGUUAAUUAACAUGGCAAAUAAAAAGUACGUACUUAACAAGGAUAUAUGGCGAAGAAAGAAUGAAAGUGGGAUCACUCAGCGAUCACCAUCAACAUUCAUGCUUGCACGAGUUAUAUAAUUUCCUCGUUUUUGUGUUUUAAUUUAAAAGAAAAAAAUAAUAGGAUGAAUGUGUUUGUUUAAUAUUGUGUUUUUUUGUAUUCACAUUUUUGUGUAUGUGUCUAUUAUUAUGUAUUAUUAAGGAGGAAAUGAAAAUAAGAUAUAUGUACUUGGGUACGUAUGAAUUAAAUAAAAUGAGGAAUCAGGAGUUUUCUUCUUCUUUUUGUC